UCUCUAUGCCUGCAUUUUCCUUUACACUUCAGUUUUCGUCCAUUUUCGUCCUACUCCCAAGUCCUAACCAAAACCCAAAGAAAACAUUUCUUCAUCUUUCGCCAUUGACAAAGAAAGCAUUCAUUUCUGCAGAUUUCAUCCAAAUGAAGCCCACUUCAGGGCUAAAGAUUCAAUCUUUGGAAUCUUUCUUACAAGGGCUUCUGCUAUUCUCCGCAUUUCUCUCCGUAAAAUCGCAGCCCACCGCCUCAGAAGAUGCAGCCGCCAUGCUCGCACUCAAGAAAAGCCUAAACCCAUCUCCGGAUCAGCUCUCCUGGUCCGACCCGGAUCCCUGUAAGUGGGCCCGGGUCUUCUGCGCCGAGAAUCGGGUCAAACGGAUUCAAAUCGGCCACCAAAAUCUCGCAGGUACGCUCCCUCAAGAACUCUCUUCCUUGGCUGAGCUCGAGCGUUUAGAGCUGCAAUGGAACAAUAUCUCUGGCCCUUUGCCCUCUCUGAAAGGAUUGGAUUCUUUGCAAGUUCUAAUGCUUAGCAACAAUCAGUUCACUUCGAUUCCUCCUGAUUUCUUCGAGGGGAUGUCGUCUUUGCUAUCUGUUGAGAUCGACAACAACCCGUUUUCCGCUUGGGAGAUUCCUGAUAGCCUUCGAAAUGCUUCGACUUUGACCAAUUUCUCAGCUAAUUCGGCCAAUAUUAGUGGGAAAAUCCCAUCUUUCUUUGGCCCAGAUGCGUUUCCUGGCUUGAUUAAUCUGCAUUUGGCUCUGAAUAGCUUGGAGGGAGAGCUGCCAGCGUCGUUUUCUGGCUCUCAGAUUGAGUCUCUGUGGCUGAAUGGGCAGAAGCUUAGUGGGAGGAUUGAUGUGAUGCAGAAUAUGACAUUCUUGAAAGAGGUUUGGUUGCACGGGAAUGGAUUCUCAGGUCCAUUGCCUGACUUUUCUGGGUUGAAUAGUUUGGAGACUUUGAGUUUGAGGGAUAAUUCGUUUACUGGGCCUGUUCCUGUGUCUUUGGUGAAUCUUGAAUCUUUAAAAUCUGUUAAUUUGACUAAUAAUUUGUUUCAAGGACCAAUGCCUGAGUUUAAGGGUUCUGUUGCGGUCGACAUGACUGCGGAUACUAAUAGUUUCUGCUUGCCUAAGCCUGGGGAUUGUGAUCCUAGAGUUGAUGUGUUGCUCUCAAUUGUGAAGCUGAUGGAUUACCCUAGAAAGUUUGCUGAGAAUUGGAAGGGGAAUGAUCCAUGUGUUGAUUGGUUUGGGAUCAAUUGCAACAAAGGGAAUAUCACCAUAGUUAACUUUGAGAAUAUGGGGCUUGCAGGGACCAUUUCGCCAGCUUUUGCUUCACUUAAGUCUCUGCAGAGGCUGGUUCUUGCCAACAACAAUCUUACUGGGACCAUCCCCGAGGAGCUUGCGUCUCUGCCUGCGCUGGCUGAGUUGGAUGUGUCGAACAACCAUCUUUAUGGGAAACUUCCCUCUUUCAGAAGUAACAUGAUUUUGAAAACCGAUGGGAAUCCUGAUAUUGGGAAGGAUAGGGUUGAUCCGGGCGGAUCUUCUGCUGGUGCUGCUGGUCCUGGCUCGGAUAAUGAUCUGCGAAAGAAUGAUGGGAAGUCUAAGAGCGUUGUUGGAGUUGUUGUGUUUUCGGUAGUUGGAGGUGCUUUUGUGCUUUGUUUGAUUGGAGUGGCUGCUUUCUGUUUGUACAAGAGCAAGCAGAAGCGUUUCAGCAGAGUGCAGAGCCCGAAUGCUAUGGUGGUCCAUCCUCGCCAUUCGGGAUCAGACAACGAGAGUGUGAAGAUCACGGUUGCAGGGUCAAGUGUCAGUGUGGGCGCUGUGAGUGAAGCACAUACCGUCUCUGCCAGUGAGACUAACGACAUUCAGAUGGUCGAGGCUGGAAACAUGGUGAUCUCUAUCCAAGUGCUGAGAACCGUGACUGAUAAUUUCAGCGAAGAGAACAUACUUGGGCGGGGAGGUUUUGGCACAGUCUACAAAGGCGAGCUGCACGAUGGAACAAAGAUUGCCGUGAAGAGAAUGGAGUGUGGAGUCAUCGCAGGGAAAGGAAUCGCUGAGUUCAAGUCUGAGAUCGCUGUCUUGACAAAGGUUCGACAUAGGCAUCUAGUCGCGCUUCUUGGUUACUGUCUCGAUGGAAAUGAGAAGCUCCUCGUGUACGAGUACAUGCCCCAAGGGCCUCUGAGCAGCCAUCUUUUCAACUGGGGCGAGGAGGGCUUAAAGCCGUUGGAGUGGAAGAAGAGGCUGACAAUAGCGUUGGACGUUGCAAGGGGCGUUGAAUACCUCCAUGGAUUAGCUCACCAAAGCUUCAUACACAGGGACCUCAAACCUUCCAAUAUUCUUCUUGGAGAUGAUAUGAGGGCCAAGGUUGCCGAUUUUGGCCUCGUGCGCCUUGCCCCAGAAGGAAAAGCCUCCAUUGAGACGAGAAUAGCUGGAACGUUCGGGUACUUAGCACCCGAAUAUGCAGUGACAGGGAGAGUGACAACCAAAGUCGAUGUCUUCAGCUUCGGUGUGAUCUUGAUGGAGAUGAUCACGGGAAGAAAGGCACUCGACGAGAGCCAGCCCGAGGAGAGCAUGCACCUCGUGACAUGGUUCAGAAGAAUGCACCUCAACAAGGAGACCUUCCGUAAGGCCAUUGAUCCGACCAUCGAGCUCGAUGAAGAGACCUUGACCAACAUCAGCACCGUUGCUGAGCUGGCUGGCCACUGCUGCGCGAGGGAGCCGUACCAAAGGCCUGACAUGGGCCAUGCUGUGAAUGUGCUCUCGUCCCUGGUGGAGCAGUGGAAGCCGGCAGAUCAGAGCCCUGACGACAUGUAUGGCAUUGAUCUUGAGAUGUCGUUGCCUCAGGCACUAAAGAAGUGGCAGGCGUUUGAAGGGACAACGAGCCACAUGGACUCGUCGUCCUCGUCUUAUCUUCCGAGCUUGGACAACACGCAGACGAGCAUCCCAACUCGGCCAUUCGGAUUUGCGGAGUCGUUCACGUCUUGUGAUGGAAGGUGAUCAAGAAGAUUGACAUACGGUGUCGUUUUGUUUGUUGUUGCAACUAAUUUUACAUGUUUAUUCUGUGUUCCUUCCCCAAUUUAGUUGUGUCUGUUACCAAAUUUUUUUUUUAUAAACUCUAUUUGGAUGUGAAGAUUAUUUCAUUUUCAGCAGUGGCAUUGAAAGCACUCUGAAACUUUAGUUUUUUAUGCUUGUAGCUUUGUUGUAUUUAUGUGUUUGUUAUUUGACAUAUAUCUCCAGUUCCAUAUAAGCCAGUUUUGCAUUUCUA